UGACUCCGGGUUUAAUAACCCGGCAGUCUGUUGUCCUUGAGCAGCAUCAUGGCGGCGGUCCGGACCUUCAGCUCCAGCCUCGGUAGAAACCUCCGGGAGAUCCGGAUCCUCCUCUGUCAGAGCUCCGCGGCGAGCCAGGGGGCCAGGGACUUUGUGGAGCAACAUUAUGUGUCUCUGAAGAAGUCCAACCCAGAUUUCCCGAUCCGGAUCAGAGAGUGUUCUGGAGUCCAGGCCCGGGUCUGGGCCCGAUACGACUUUGGUAAAGAGAGCAGCGUCUCCGUGGAGAACAUGUCAGCUGAUCAGGUGGCCGGAGCUCUGCAGAGUCUGGCUCAGUCCAAACCCUGAACCCCCCCCCCCUCCUGCUGGAAUGGUUCAGUCCAAACAUUCUCCUUAUUGUAAAUGUGUUGAUAUGAAUAAACUCAAUGU